AAUGGAUUCCUCGAAUGCUCCUUAUCUCUUCCCAAGAUCCGACUCAACCGUUUUACCCGACCCAUCUCGCUUCUUCAGCCACGACCUCCUCUCCUCCCCUCUCCCUACAAACUCAUUCUUCCAAAACUUAUUCACCCUCAAAAACGGCGACCAAGCCGAAAACUUCCACCCUUACCUCAUCAAAACCUCCCCUUCGUCUCUCUCCAUCUCAUACCCAUCUCUCACUCACAACCCUGCUGUCGUCUACAAAGCCUUCACCGCCGACAUCACCAUCACCGGGUCGGAUGGACCCGACCCGCACUCCAGAAAAACACACUUAAUCUCUUCCUUCAGCGACCUCGGCGUGACGCUAGACUUCCCUUCCUCCAACCUCAGAUUCUUCCUCGUCAGAGGAAGCCCCUUCGUCACCUGCUUCGUCUCCAACAACUCCUCGGUCACAAUCUCAACAACCCACGCGGUUUCAUCCUUCUCCGGUAACAGGUCAUCAACCAAGUACACCGCGAAGCUCAACAACGACCAGACGUGGCUUAUAUACUCCUCUUCCCCGAUCAACCUGGUCAAAACCGGUUCCGCGAUUAACUCAACCGGUGGAUUCUCCGGUAUAAUACGGUUCGUCGUCUUACCGGAUUCGAAUCAAGACUCCGAACCGAUCCUAGACCGGUUCAGCGUCUGUUACCCAGUCUCCGGAGACGCUGACUUCACGAAACCGUUUGAAAUGGAGUACACGUGGCAGAAGAGAGGCUACGGAGACCUCCUCAUGCUAGCUCACCCUCUCCACCUCAAGCUCUUAUCAACCUCAUCAUCAACCACCGUUCUCGACACCUUCCGUUACAAGAGCCUCGACGGAGACUUGGUAGGCGUCGUCGGAGACACGUGGCUUCUAAAACCAGCCCCCAUCCCCGUGACGUGGCACUCACUCAAAGGAAUCAAAGAAGAUCAUCACCGCGAGGAGAUCAUCUCGGCCCUCGUCGAAAACGUCGACGCAUUGGACUCGUCCGCUGACGUCACGAGCGCGUCGUACUUCUACGGGAAACUAAUCGCGCGGGCCGCGAGGUUUGUUUUAAUCGCGGGAGAGGUUUCCCACCUCGACGUGGUCCCGAAGAUUCGAAACUAUCUCAAGAGCAUGAUCGAGCCGUGGCUGGACGGGAGUUUCGGACCGAACGGGUUCCUCUACGACCCCACGUGGGGCGGUCUGAUCACCAAGCUCGGAUCUAAAGACUCGGGAGGCGACUUCGGGUUCGGGAUUUACAACGAUCACCAUUAUCACUUAGGUUACUUUCUGUACGCGAUCGCCGUGCUCGUUAAAAUCGAUAACUUGUGGGGCAAGAAAUAUAGGCCCCAGGUUUAUGCUCUGGCGGCGGAUUACAUGACGCUGGGGAAGAAGGGUGAGGGUUCGAGUUCGGUUUAUACGCGUUUGAGAUGCUUUGAUUUUUUCAAGCUUCAUUCUUGGGCGGGAGGGUUGACGGAGUUUACUGACGGGAGGAAUCAGGAGAGCACGAGCGAGGCUGUGAACGGUUAUUACUCUGCUGCUUUGUUGGGGUUGGCUUAUGGUGAUAUAGAGCUGGCGGCGGUGGCUUCGACGGUUUUGGCGUUCGAGAUUCACGCCGCGAAGAUGUGGUGGCAGGUGAAAGAAGAGGACACUUUGUACCCGAGCGAUUUCACGGCGGAGAAUCGUGUGGUUGGGGUAUUAUGGUCGACAAAGAGAGACAGUGGCUUAUGGUUCGCGCCAAAAGAGUGGAAAGAGUGUCGCCUCGGAAUCCAGUUAUUACCGAUACUUCCUGUGUCGGAGAUUCUCUUCUCGGACGUGAAAUUCGCGAAGCAGCUCGUGGAUUGGACUUUGCCUGCGUUGGAUAGAGAGGGCGGCGUCGGAGAAGGGUGGAAAGGAUUUUUGUAUGCUUUGGAAAGUAUGUACGACAAAGAUGGAGCUAUGGAGAAGGUUAAAGGAUUAAAAGGGCAUGAUGAUGGGAACUCUCUGAGUAAUCUAUUGUGGUGGAUUCACAGUAGAAACUCUGGUGAUGAAUGAAGAUGAUGAAGACGGGGUACAUGUUGGUAC